UAACAUGUUGCGCGAGUGAAAAUAAAUCUGGUGAAUCAUUUUUCAUUUGAAGAAAUUGAAAACAACAACAAUAUUUUAGAAUUUAUUUAAAUUUUCACAAUUAUAUUGCACACAAAGUUCGAAAAUUGCCUCAAAAGUGGAUAACAGACAACUUUUUGGAUCGGAUAAACACGUAAAUCAACUCUAUUUGAGUUCUGGGAGGAUUUACAAGAUGGGUGAACACAGCAUGGUAAAUGACGCAUCCACCACUGAAACUGUACUUCCAGCAGUUCUUGGAUUUGCUGUGGCUGGUUUCAUUAUUGCAACGGUAUUCUAUGUCUGUCGCUUGCGACAACGAAACAACAAAAAAAAUCAUGAACCGGCCAUAUAUCAGCCCAAAAAGCGUACAACAGCUGUACGCUCACCAAGCGGCCAACCGGGCGGUCAACCACCGCAUUAUCUAAAGAAAUCACCAUCUCCAACGUCAAAUAAAACGUUGCCGGGUGGUUUAUCGCCAACAACUGAAACAAUUGGUGGUUCACUUAAUCAUGGAUCAUCAUCAUCAUCAAGUUUCAAAACGCAAUCCAUCGUUACACAUCCAAAAUACACCGAAGAAAAUGAAAUCCAAACGAAAAUUAUUGGACAAAUGGAAAAUUCUACAAGUUCAAUUGGCUCUGAUAAUAACAACGACACACAAGAAUAUGGAAAACUUGGUUCUUUGGUUUUUAAACUGAGAUAUCUAACGGACCGUAAUGCUUUAGUGGUAUCGGUCAUUCGAUGCAGAGGUUUACCCUAUAAAAGCAUUACUGAUGAUCUACCAAAUGGCACCAAUGGAAAAACACAAACCGCCACCGAUCCAUACGUGAAGCUUCAACUCUUGCCAGAAAAAACACAUAAAGUAAAAACUCGUGUUGUUCGUAAUACUCGCAACCCAGUGUAUGAUGAAGAUUUCACUUUCUAUGGAUUGUCUAUGGCAGAUAUAACGGCAAUGUCAUUGCAUUUUGUCGUGUUAAGUUUCGAUCGCUAUUCUCGUGAUGAUGUCAUUGGUGAAGUGAUUUUACCAUUGGGUAACCCGAACGAGGUUGAUUUGACUCAGAUAGAAACACAACAGGUAGCACUAUGCAAGGAAAUACAACCAAGAAGCUUAAAGAUACGAGCACAGGGGCGAGGUGAACUGUUGGUUUCGUUAUGCUUUCAACCCGGCGCGGCUCGUCUCACUGUUGUUUUGCUAAAAGCUCGAAAUUUACCACGAAUGGAUGUUACUGGCUUGGCUGAUCCGUAUGUCAAAAUAUAUUUAUUGUGCAAUGGACAAAGAAUCGCAAAGAAAAAGACACAUGUUAAAAAACGUACUCUCUCGCCUGUCUUCAAUGAGAGCUUUGCAUUUGACAUACCAACGAACGAGAGUACUGGAGGAAGCUUGGAAAAUAUUUCAUUGGAGUUGAUGCUGCUGGAUUGGGACCGCGUUACCAAAAACGAAGUGAUUGGGCGACUCGAAUUAGGCGGUCCCAGGUGUGCUGGAGCAGCUCAGAAUCAUUGGAACGAAAUUUCGACUUCACCUCGUAGACAAAUUGCUGAAUGGCACAAACUCACCGAUUAAAUACAUACACCAUAAUUUAUUCUAAUAGUUUUAAACUUUCAUGCACAACAAAACUUUGUCAAAAUGGUGUUAUAUAUACACUUGUGUUUUAGUUGUAUUAUUUUAUUUUUUAAUAUAUGUUCAUUCUGUCUGAGAGUUAGCAUGAAGAAAAAUCUCUCUAGAACGUCAUCCCAAAACUUAAGAAAAUCAGAUAACAUUUUCUGUUUCCAAUAAACCAUGUAUAGCCACAUAAUAUUCACAAAAAUAAAUUGUAUAGCUAAAUGUCUCGAAUUUCACCACAUACGAUGUGCAUGAAUGCGAGAAGUUUUUUUUGAAGAAAACAAAAUAAUUUUUCAUAUGGACUCGUGAUGGAAUCUCAUGAUUUGUAUCGAAAUUGAAAAAAAAGAAAUACACGUUUAUUUACGGUCAUUUGAUGAAUAACAUUUAUAUGAUCCAUUAAAUGUAUAUAUACCCGCUAAGCAAUGCCUAAAAUAUGAUCAAAAAUUGUAUUGGCUACCGGCUCAAUCGCGUAGAUUGAAAAGUUAUCGUUUUUUCUUUAAUUUCGAGAAAAAAAACACCAAGGUGAUCAGGUAGUUUUUCUUUGUUUCUCAAGUGCAGGGAAGAAUAUAUAUAUUUAGAUAUUUGAAUUUAUUUCAGGCAUGGCAACAUACUAUUGAACUAAAAAGUCAAAAAAAAUUAUUGAUGUCAACGUGUGGUACGUCAAGCUGUAAUAAUUCAAAAAAGCAGGAUCAUAUUAUAUAGCAAUUCAGUCAAAAUAAUAAAUCGUUAAAAUAUAAUUUUCUUUUGUUGACCAAUAUUCCAAUAGAGUCGAAAACAUACUAAAAUUUUGACUAAAUGUUCAAAAAUAGCAGUGUAGAAUUAAUAUGAUAAAGAAUUAUUUAUUGGUUGCCUGACAAUUUUCCCAACUAAAUAUCAACUAUAACUAUUACAAUUAUUCAAUCUAAAGUGGACGAAAUGUGGAUUUCGACUAAAAAUAACAAUAUCAACGAAGAACCACAUCUUUUCAAAAGAUCCAGCUUUUAUCCUAAAAAAAGAAAUGUUCAACCAUGUAUGUUAUACAAAACUUAUAAUGUGCUAUAUUUUCCAUAUUUAUGUAAUUGAGAAAAAAAAACGUUUUCAUACUAUAAUAAUUCCAACUGAAAUAUUUUAAUUUUAUGAAUUUGUAAUGUAUACCCAAAUAUGUUUAUAAUGUAUGUUGCUAAGACAAUGAAGACAAAAAAUGUUGUUUUCGCAGGUAUUUAUCAUUUUUGCCUUUAUAUUUAAUCAAAUACUCAACAUUUAUUUUCUUAAAAAAGAAAAAAAAAUAAGUUACAGAAUUAGAAAAAUAUAUUUACUUAUUUUGAUUCAACAAAUAGAUGAGAAUUAUCCCAUUUUAUGUUAAUUGAAACCUUUUUUUUGAAAAAUGAUUUAUGUAAACUUAAAACCAUCAAAGUUUGAUCAAUAAAAGAAUGGAUUUGUUUAAAUUCGUAGA